GUCCUCCCUCGACGGCCAUUCUUCCACCUACUGCUCGGCUUCCUGGCUCUCAGCCUCUCUCUUCCCGUCUUACAACAACAACAACAUCACCACCUCUUAACCUACAGACUGAUCGCCGCGAACCCUCGAGGUUUACGGCCGUCGCGUAAUACCUCAUCUCUAUUCCCACGUUUCCACCCUUCGCGCGCGUUCGCCGUAACAUGCUCCAGGACGUCGAGGACGCCUACACGCUUUACCAGAAUUCGGUCACCAAUCUCCUCCAUUUCCUCUCCAAUCCUCUAAUCCUCGCCCACACAGCUCCUCACCUCUCCGCUUAUGAUCGCCUGAGUCUUGCCUCCACGAACCGAGCAUUUCGAGAACUCAUCAAACACACUUCAGGUGUAUUUCGCCAUCUUGAUCUCACCCACGUACGCGCGGCGCAGUUUGAAAUUGACGGCAUUGAUCGCGGCGGUGAAGUCUGGCGCAAUGUCCAACUUGAUGAGAAUCUGACCGAAGAUGACUUCUACUCCGGUCCACUGAGAGGCAUCUUCUCCAGCAUCCGCCGACAAAACAUCCUCCAAGAUGUGCAAACGCUGGUCCUAGACGGCUUGUCCGUGACGGCCGAGCUCUGCCACGAAAUCAUUCUCGACCCGGCCUAUAGCGUGCGACUCCUGUCCAUCCGAGGCGUCAAGAACCUAAACGAGCGCAAGCUGUGCGCAUCUCUCCAAUAUGCCUGCAGACCGUCGCGACCAGAGGGCAUGCCCCGGCUGAAAGGCCUCUACGUUUUCGGUGCCAAAGACACUCCGCUGCCCUCGUUGGCAACAUCCGGUGUACCGUCUGGCACCGCUUCGCAUGCAGCGCAGAUUAGCGCAGGGUGGAAUGCCAAGUCACAACAGGCGUUGACAUCCUCGCUACGCAGCGAGGAAGAGGACUGGUACCACAGGAAAGGUCGCAUUAUUGCACGUCCGCUGGCAGAGGAAUGGGCCAACACUCUGGUUGACUGCCACGGCAUCAUUGCAUUCGACGCCAUUGCUUGCACGGGACCUUACCACAUGAACUCGCUUGCGUACGGCAAGGUAAGAAUCCCGACCACCGCCCGGCACUGGGCCGUGGCGACAGUCGCGUUGGGCGGCUGUGCCGGGUGCGGUGCUGCACCCGAGGGCAUGUCAGUCCACAAUGGGACUCCGGCGAUCCAACGUCCUCUCCUAUCACCUCCGCCUCCUUUGGCUUCGUCAGUCAAGGCCGCAACGGCACCGCAGCUCUGCACCGGAUCGGAAUCCUCCUUCAUUGCUCGAUGCAUCGACUGUCUGCGAGAGAGAUACUGCGCCGGCUGCAAUAAGUGGUGGUGCGAGGAAUGCUACCAGACACCCAGCGCCGUGACCGAGUUGGCCGACACCGAUGUGAUAGUCGUCGACGCCGAGGGCGGUGCUUGGGUUCAGCACCAGGAGCACGAGAGCCAGCCCAAGAUCAAGGCUCGUAUCACGAAGAGCUGCUGGGAAUGCGGUAGCAAUUGUCACGACUGCAUUGAUCGUACACAGAGGCUCUGUAGAGGCUGCUGUGGUGGCUACUGCUUGGUUCACAACGAGGGGUCAACCUCAACUUUCUGUGACUGUCCGAUCCCCACAACCUCGUUGACGCGUUCAGAUCGCUAACUCUUUUGGUAGGGUGCUCGAGCCGUGGUCGCUUCCUGCGACACCUGUAGGGAUGUAUCAUCUGGGCGAGACGACGGACUCCGAUCGUCAGUCAGUCACCGCAAGUCGCGGGGUUUGAGACCAACUGGAGCUGAGAGUUCCAGGUGACACUGUCGGGAUUGAAAUAUCCCAGGACAUCCCUCAUCCUCACAUUGUCUGACGAUGCAGAGCGAGGCUUCCAUGGCGUUCUUGUCAGCUUUGAAGGCCGAUUUGCAGCGUGUCUCACGGCGAACUUCUGUACUGUUUGGUUUUUUUUUUGCGUGGGCAACAUUAGCAGAGCCGGCGAGCCCUCGUCACGUCACCA